AUGGCCUUCCGCUUUUCCGCGGGGCUCCGCGCGGACAAGCUGCGCGGGAUGAUGCGCGGAUGGGCGCAAGGCGGACGCUCGACAGGCCAGCAGCAACAACAGAGCGGUGGAACGAGCGGAGGCAGAAUGGGCGGAGGCGGAAUGGGCGGCGUCGGCAUGGGUGGCGGCGGGGGAAUGGGCAGCGGCGGAAUGGGUGGCGGCGGAAUGGGCGGAGGCGGAAUGGGCGGCGGAGGCAUGGGUGGCGGCGGAAUGGGCGGCGGAGGAAUGGGCGGCGGCGGAAUGGGAGCCGGCGGCGGCAUGGGUGGCGGCGGAUUGGGCGGCGGCGGAAUGGGCGGAGGCGGAAUGGGCGGCGGCGGCAUGGGUGGCGGCGCAAUGGGUGGCGGCGGAAUGGGCGCCAGCGGCGGCAUGGGUGGCGACGGAAUGGGCGGAGGCGGAAUGGGUGGCGGCGGAAUGGGCGGAGGCGUAAUGGGCGGCGGCAGCAUGGGUGGCGACGGAAUGGGCGGCGGAGGAAUGGGCGGCGGCGGAAUGGGCGCUGGCGGCGGCAUGGGUGGCGGCGGACUGGGCGGCGGCGGAAUGGGUGGCGGCGGAAUGGGCGGCGGCGUGAUGGGCGGCGGCGGAAUGGGCGGCGGCGGAAUGGGCGGCGGUGGAAUGGGCGGCGGUGGAAUGGGCGGCGGCGCAAUGGGCGGAGGCGGAAUGGGCGGCGGCAUGGGCGGACCUGGGUCCUCUGCUCCCGGAUCGCGAUCAGCCAUGGGUCCUGGGGGGAACAUGGGUGGUGGCGGAAUGGGUGGCGGCGGAAUGGGAGAAGGCAGAAUGGGCGGCGGCGAAAUGGGCGGCGGCAUGGGUGGCAGCAGCAUGGGUGGCGGCGGCAUGGGUGGCGGCGGAAUGGGCGGCGGCGGAAUGGGCGGCGGCGGAAUGGGCGGCGGUGGAAUGGGCGGCGGCGGAAUGGGCGGCGGCAUGGGUGGCGGCAGCAUGGGUGGCGGCGGCAUGGGUGGCGGCGGAAUGGGUGGCGGCGGAAUGGGUGGCGGCGGAAUGGGCGACGGCGGAAUGGGCGGCGGCAUGGGCGGACCUGAGUCCUCUGCUCCCGGAUCGCAAUCAGGCAUGGGUCCUUGGGGGAACAUGGGCGGCGGCGGCAUGGGUGGUGGCGAAAUGGGUGGCAGCGGAAUGGGAGGAGGCAGAAUGGGCGGCGGCGAAAUGGGCGGCGGCAUGGGUGGCGGCAGCAUUGGUGGCAGCGGCAUGGGCGGUGGCGGCAUGGGCAGCGGCGGAAUGGGCGGCGGCGGAAUGGGAGGGGGCAUGGGCGGACCUGGGUCCUCUGCUCCCGGGUCGCAAUCAGCCAUGGGUCCUGGGGGGAUCAUGGGCGGAGGCACAGGCGGUAGCGGAAUUGGCGGCGGGGGCAUGGGCGGCGAAGGCAUGGGCGGCGGAGGCAUGGGCGGCGGAGGCAUGGGCGGCGGAGGCAUGGGUGGCGGAGGCAUGGGCGGCGGAGGCAUGGGCGGCGGAGGCAUGGGCAGCGGAGGCAUGGGCGGGUCAGGGUGGGUAGCUCCAGGGUCGCAGGCAGCACCCGGCCAGGGUGGACCUGGGAUGGGCAGAGGGAUGGGCGGAGGGAUGGGCAGAGGGAUGGGUGGAGGGAUGGGGGGCCCUGGGGGCAACAUGGGAGGCGGUACGGGUGGGCCAGGGCCGUUUUCCCCUUGA